CUUCGUUGUGAUCAAAGACCUUAAACAUAUUGUUUUGUUUAAAAGUUAGUUUCUUUUCUUUUUUUCUCUCUCUGUCUCUUUGUCACUCUCUCUCGCGAUGGAAGCUCAACACCUCCAUGGCAAGCCCCUAGCUGAAGGAGAAUGGUCCACAGGAUUCUGUGAUUGCUUCUCCGACUGCAAAAACUGUUGUAUCACAUGCUGGUGUCCAUGUAUUACAUUUGGCCAAGUCGCUGAGAUUGUAGAUCAAGGAUCAACCACGUGUGGCACGGCUGGAGCACUAUACGCGUUAAUAAACGCAGUAACGGGUUGCGCAUGUAUAUACUCGUGUUUCUAUCGUGGAAAGAUGAGAGCUCAAUACAAUAUCGAAGGCAGUGAUUGUGGAGACUGCCUAAAACAUUUCUUCUGCGAGCUCUGUGCUCUCACCCAACAAUACCGUGAACUCAAGAACCGCGGUUUCAAUAUGGAUCUUGGAUGGGCGGGGAACGUACAGAGGCAGCAAAACCAAGGCACCGAGAUGGGUGCUCCUGUCUUUCAAGGUGGCAUGAACCGUUAAGACUAAUUCUUUAUAUGUAAUUUCUUCGGUCAUAUAAUAAACGAGGUUUAGUCCUCUGUGUGUUUCUGUAAUAUGCUUCUGAAUUAUGAAUGAAAGUGAUUUUAUUUAUUGCGUUAAUA